AUGAGGGCUCAAAAUAUUUUGCUAGACCAGUUCAGCUUUAUCACAACCCUCAAAUCUUGUGCCCGUGUAUUGGCUUUUUGGACCGGCUUUGGGGUUCAUUCAAUUGUUAUUCAAUUUGGGUUUGAUUUGUUUAUCAACGUAAGGAAUACCCUUUUGCACUUCUUUGGUGUUUGUGGAAGAAUUGAAGAUGCCCACCAACUGUUUGAUGACUUUCCUAAAGAAAGAGAUUCGGUGUCGUGGAACACCUUGAUGGGUGGUUAUCUUCAUGUAUCUCAGCAUGCUGUGGUUCUAAUUUUGUUCAGACAAUUGUGUAGGGAUGGCUCUGGUGUUGGUGUCACCACAAUGUUGAGUGCUUUGUCAGCUGUUACUGAUUUGGAUAAUCUUUUGGGAGGAGAGUCACUACAUGGGCAGUGCAUCAAGAUUGGGUUUUGCCUUGAUUUGAAUGUGGUCACUGCUUUAAUUGCAAUGUAUGGGAAAACUGGUUACAUCAAUUUAGGACGUAGAGUUUUUGAUGAAGUUCAUAUAAAGGAUAUUGUUCUAUGGAACUGUUUAAUGGAUGGGUAUGCUAAAAGUGGCCUGCUAGAAGAGUCAUUAGCUUUACUACAGUUAAUGAAACUGGGACGAGUGAAACCCAAUUCAUCUACACUGGCUGGGUUACUUUCAGCUUGUGCUGCCUCUGGAGCUUUGGCUGCAGGUGAGUGUGUCCAUGACUAUGUCAAGGAGCAGCAGUUGGUAUUGGAUGCAGUUCUUGGUACAGUGCUAGUGGAUAUGUAUUCUAAAUGUGGGUUACUGGGGAAGGCCAUUGAUAUUUUUGAUAGAAUGGAGACCAAAGAUGUGAAAUCUUGGACAGCCAUGAUAUUGGGAUACGGGUUCCAUGGGCAGGCGAAAAAUGCCAUUACACUUUUUUACAGGAUGGAGGAGGAAGGGUUUUGGCCUAAUGAAGUCACUUGCUUGGCUGUGUUGAGUGCUUGUAGCCAUAGAGGACUGGUGACGGAGGGAAUGGACUGUUUCGAGAGGAUGAUUCGAAAAUAUGGCUUGACACCUAAGCUCGAACACUAUGGCUGCAUGAUUGAUCUCUUGGGUCGUGGAGGGUUGCUAGAGGAAGCACAUAGACUAAUCAAGAGCUUGCCCAUUGAGGGUGAUGCCACUGCAUGGCGUGCAUUACUUGCAGCAUGCAGAGUUUAUGGAAACGUUGAUUUGGGGAAGUUGUCAACAGAUACAUAUGCCAUUGCUGGGAGAAUGUCAGAUCAAACGAGUGUGGUAGAGGCAAAGGAAGGGAACAUAGUCAGAGAGACUGAAUGGAGUCCAAUUGGAAUGAAGGAAGCUGGAUGUAGCUCUAUUGAGUUGAUUAAUAAGGGACCGGAGCAGAGCUGGGAACUUGGGAAUGCCAAUAAGGACCACACCAUAGGUGUACCAUAUGGAACAUCCUGUGCUUGA